AUGGCCGCUCCGGCUUCGUCGGCCUAUGCCUUCCAUCAUCGCUUCGAUGCUGCACAGGGAAAGGAUGCAUCCGCCUCCGCUGGGCCCCUUCCCAACCCACACGAAACGGAGCACCUCGAGUAUCCCGACCUCGAUGCUGGUCAAUUCUACUCUUCAGCGGCAACACAUUCCGUGCCAGCAACCACUGCUUCUCAGCUUCCCGACUUCCCCGAGUUCAAGAGCUUCGACUCCAAAUCCGAGCUCUUCUCCACCACCAACUCCAACAACAACUUCUUCCAACAGUAUGCACCUCCAUCGGUGGCUUCAGCUGCGCUGGUAGAGCCGCAAUCAGCUCAGAUCGAGGGUGAACCCGAACCGGACCAGUCCGCCAUCUCCUCUGCAUCAGCAUUUCACGACGACGCGCCAACACAGCCCGCCUCCGCGGUUCAGCAGGGCCACCUUGCUUCCGCGCCACUUCAGUCGAUAGAAUCGCAACCAGCGGCUAGGAGCGGCGACUCUUCUUUGCAACAUCGGCCACUACAGGGAUACCCGUCGACGGAGUCGCAACCGCAGCUCGAGCGUCACUUCUCCUCUGCGAGCUCGUACGUCCAGCAGCCUUCCAUCCAAAGCGCCAGCCACGACUCGCAAUUAUCUGCCAACCGCAGUCCACUGCCCAAACCUCCUACGUUGCCCAACUCUCCCCCCACACAGCCCUCACAAGUCAACGGAGCGCCCUAUCAACCAGUCAUGCCUCCGCAGAGCCCUCCAGCUCCGCGUGCGCCGCAACUGGCUUCCAACUUCUCACCCGUGCGAGCACCAGCCCCACAAAAGGCGCUGCCUCAAUCUCCUCCCAGCGCUCUCAACAUGGCCGCACUCAACAUCAAUGGUGGAGAGCGUUCCAGCAACCAAAAUUCACCUGCACAAUCAAAUCUGCCUCGUGACAUCAACGGUGACCCCAUCCGACUCAGCACCUUCCCCGGAAUGCAAAUGCCUCCUGCUGCAGGCCUCAACGCAAACGGUCAUCAGGCGCCCGUUCCUGCGAGUGUGCUCAACGACGAUGACGGCUUCUACCAGGAUCAACAGCAUCUCAACCAGACCAAUGGCGCGGGCUUGCCUCAGCAACGCAAUCUCGACAACGUCACCGCAGGCGUUCGCCCCUCGUCCUUCUUUGGCGUCGAGGGCGACUCGAGUUCCAGCCUCGCACAGGAAUCGGCUUCCAUACCUACCACCGUCAGCGACGCGAGUGCACCUGGAACGCGCGGCUCUUCCUUCCGCAAUGACCCAGCACCGCGUGGUAUCUCCACUGCCGCAGGCGGCACUGGAAACGGGCCUAUGCCCUCAUCCAGCGGUGGAUUCGGAGGUCUGGGUCCCGCAGGCGCAACUCGUCCCGCAAGCAUUGCGCCUUCUGUCGCCAGCGGCCCUUUGCUCGACCACAGCCAUCUCAAGGUCGGCCAGAAGGCAUCUUUGCUCAGCCACGGAAAGACGCUCGAGCUGUAUCGACUGAACGCCAAGAAGACCAACGACCCCAAUCUCAUCUAUGAGCUGGCCGUCUUCAUGGUAGACGCUGCCAAGACCAUGGGUACCGAAGAGGACGGUGCGGCCCCCGUCGCUGCUGUCAACGGGCCCAACAAGGUCGAGACACAGAAGGAGGAGCUCAUGAAGGAGGCCACCGGACUGCUCAAAAAGAUUGCCGACCGAGGUCAUCCCGACGCGCAAUACUUCCUGGCCGACUGCUACGCCAAUGGCAUCGGCACACGCACAGGCAAGCAAGAUUUCGGCCAGGCCUACACCUACUUUGUCCUCGCCGCCAAGCACGGUCACCCAGAUGCCGCCUACCGUGCCGGCACCUGCUACGAGAAGGGAUGGGGCUGUCGAAAGGAUGCGGGCAAGGCGCUCCAGUUCUACCGCAAGUCGGCCGCGCAGAAUCAUCCCGGAUCCAUGUAUCGACUCGCCACUGCUGAGCUGAACGGCGAAUUGGGUCUUAAGAAGAACGCCAAGGAAGGCGUCAAGUGGCUCAAGCGCUCCGCCGAGGCUGCCACACCCGAGUUCCCGCACGCCCUCCACGAGCUCGCAUUGCUGCACGAGCGAGGUAUCGACAACGUGCUCUUUGUCGACCCCGAAUACAGCUGCGAGCUGCUCGCGCAAGCGGGCGAGAUGGGCUAUGCGCCUAGUGCCUACAAGCUCGGCGUCAACUACGAGUACGGACGCAUGGGCUGCCCCCAGGACGGCGGUCUCAGUAUCCACAUGUACAACAUUGCCGCGCAGCAGAACCAUAAGGAGGCCUGCUUCGCCCUCACUGCCUGGUACCUCGUCGGUGCACCCGGCAUCUUGCCACAAUCGGACACCGAAGCCUAUCUGUGGGCCAAGAAGGCAGCCGAGCAGGGUCUCGCCAAAGCUGAGUACGCUGUCGGCUACUUUACGGAGAUGGGGAUCGGGACCGUCAAGGACCUCGCCGAGGCCAGAGCGUGGUACAAGAGAGCCGGCGACCACGGUGACAAGCGUGCCAACCAGCGUAUUGCAGCGCUGCAGGGCGUUCGCGGCGGGCCGGUCGGUCUCGCGGGCGUUGGUGCAGGAGCAGGACAGGCGCCAGUCAACCGACAACAGCAGCGACUGGAGCAGAGGCAGGAGCAGCGCGAAAGUAUGCACGAGUUUGGCCGAAGCGCGCAACCCACGUCGGCACCCUUCCCUGCCUCGACGGGACCCAACACGCAGCAGAGCUAUCCCUCGCCGCUCGCCAUGCGAGAGGCUCAGACGGCGCAGCGAGAACAGCAGUACCUCGCCAAUGUGGCGGCCAACGAGCGAGCUCAGGCGCGUGCCAUGCUGCGACACUCUCCUUCGCAGCCGGAGAUGAACUCGCCCGUCUUUGCAAUUCCUUCGCCCUCGAUGGGUCUGCCUCGUCCACCGCCCAUGCCUCAGCAGCAGCAGCAGCAGCAGCCCCAUCAGCCACAGCCUCCACAGGGAGGCCUAGGCUCGCCGCCCGUACCCUUCUCGCAACCGCAGGCGUACCCAUCCUAUCCGAUGGCCGCCAGCGCGGCACCCUCGCAAUCGCCUAUCAGCGGUCCUGCGCAGAUGCACAACCCGAUGUUCCCUGCUUCUGGUCCACCAGGACCUCCCGGGCCUCACUUUGCAGCGCGACCUGGUAUGGCCGGCGCCGGUCCUGGUGCCUUUGGCCCGCCUGGUGGUCCCGGUUUCGGUGGCCCAGGCUCGGCGAUGCCUACUCCCCCUGGACCUAGCCCGCCUGCGCAAGGUGAUGCUGGCAAGGAGGACGACAAGAAAAAGAAGAAGGGCUGGUUCAGUCGAUCGUAG